CUUAGGCCUCCCUCUCUCUCUCUCUCUCAGUCUCUCUUUCCUUGUGUGUGAGUGUGUGUGUUCAACUUCCUUGCUCAACUCAAGUACAAAGAGGUCCUCUUUUGCUGAAUCAUUUUAAUGGCCUGCAACAAUACAAAACUGAAAGAACCCUUGCAAUCAGGUUCAGUAACUCCUACACCUCAAACAACUAUGACAGAUGCUCCUAGGAGAAGAAAAUCUUGGAUAAGUAAAAGUGCUUCAUUUGCUCAUUCUGUUUCUAUGGAGACAAUUGGCAGUGUUCCAACACCUGGGAAACUAGAUCCAAAUUUAGUGCAUGUAGCCAUAUUUUUGGUUGUCUACUUGACAGUAGGAACUUUGUGUUUCUACCACCUGGGGCCCCAGAUGAAGGGAAAGAAAACAAGUGCAAUUGUUGACACAUUCUACUUCUGUAUUGUGACAAUGGCAACUGUUGGAUAUGGAGACCUUGUGCCUGAUAGUGUCCUUACAAAACUACUCGCCUGUGCUUUUGCCUUCACAGGAAUGGCUCUGGUUGCAGUAGUCAUGAACAAAGCAGCAGACUACCUCAUAAAGAAGCAAGAAGAUUUAGUAGUAAAUGCUUUAAAUAUGCAACUAGAUGUUGGUCCAACUGAGAUCAGAAAAGAGGUCAGGACCAAGGGAGUGAGAUACAGGUGUUUGUUGGUCUUUAUACUUCUUUUGGUGCUCAUAUUUGUUGGGACAACAUUCCUAGCUACUGUAGAGAAGUUGGACCUUAUUGAUGCAUUUUAUUGUGCUUGUGUUACCAUCACAACCCUAGGAUAUGGAGAUCAGAGCUUCAAAACCAAAGGCGGCCGCAUUUUUGCUGUGUUUUGGAUACUCAUUAGUACUAUUACCUUGGCUCAGUUUUUUGUCUACAUUGCUGAGCUAAACACUGAAUCCAGACACUGGGAAUUGGUCAAGAGGGUUCUUAGUAGGAAGAUGACAGAAGCAGAUGUGGAGGCAGCAGAUCUUGAUCAAGAUAAUUCUCUACAGACUGCUGAGUUCAUCCUGUAUAAGCUUCAAGAGAUGGGCAAGAUUAGCAAAGAUGAUAUUUCACUUGUAAAGGAGACGUUUGAACAUUGUGAUGUUGAUCAAUCAGAAACCUAGACAGCCUGACAUAAUAUUGCUUCAGUCAUCUCAAACAGACAAGUGACUUUAUCAAUGUGAAGACUUCUACACUUAAAAAGUAUUGUAAGUGCUACUUAUAUUUGUAACCCCAACUUUAUACUUAUAAGUUAUAAAUCAAU